GGGACAGGGCAGGGCCGGACCGAGGCGGGCGCGGGGUACGGGGGGUGGGGGGGGCGGGCCCCGCCGCUCCGCACCGCUCCGCACCGCUCCGCACCGCACCGCGCCGCGCCGGCAGCGGGGAUGUGAGCGGAGGCUCCGCGGCAGCGCCCGCCGCCCGGCUCGGGAAGAUGCUGAGCAGGUGGAUGAGUGGCAGCAGCAGGAACCUGGACCGCGAGUACAACUGCACCGUGCGGCUGCUGGACGACAGCGAGUACACCUGCACCAUCCAGAGAGAUGCCAAGGGUCAGUACCUGUUCGACCUCCUCUGCCACCACCUGAACCUGCUGGAGAAGGACUACUUUGGCAUCCGGUUUGUGGACCCCGACAAGCAGAGGCACUGGCUGGAAUUUACCAAGUCGGUUGUGAAGCAGAUGCGGGCCCAGCCUCCCUUCACCAUGUGCUUCCGUGUCAAGUUCUACCCCACGGAUCCUGCGGCUCUGAAGGAGGAGAUCACCAGGUACUUAGUCUUCCUGCAGAUCAAAAGGGAUCUCUACCACGGCCGUCUCCUCUGCAAGACCUCGGAUGCUGCUUUGUUGGCCGCCUAUAUCCUUCAAGCCGAGAUCGGGGACUAUGACCCGGGGAAGCACCCAGAAGGCUACAGCUCCAAGUUCCAGUUCUUCCCCAAACACUCGGAGAAGCUGGAGAGGAAAAUUGCAGAGAUCCACAAGUCGGAGCUGAGUGGGCAGACACCAGCUACUUCAGAGCUGAAUUUCCUCAGGAAAGCCCAGACUCUGGAGACCUAUGGGGUGGACCCCCACCCUUGCAAGGAUGUGUCCGGGAACGCAGCGUUUCUGGCCUUCACCCCCUUCGGGUUCGUUGUUCUGCAGGGAAACAAGAGAGUUCACUUCAUCAAAUGGAACGAGGUGACCAAGAUGAAGUUCGAAGGGAAGACUUUCUAUCUGUACGUAAGUCAGAAAGAGGAAAAGAAAAUCGUUCUCACGUAUUUUGCCCCGACACCGGAAGCCUGCAAACACCUCUGGAAGUGUGGGAUAGAAAACCAGGCUUUCUACAAGCUGGAGAAGUCGAGCCAGGUCCGGACAGUGUCCAGCAGCAACCUGUUCUUCAAGGGAAGCCGGUUCCGCUACAGCGGCCGUGUUGCGAAGGAGGUGAUGGAGUCCAGCGCCAAGAUCAAGAGGGAGCCACCCGAGAUUCACCGGGCAGGGCUGGUGCCGAGCCGGAGCUGCCCCUCCAUCACCCACGGCCCCCGGCUGAGUAGCGUGCCCCGCACCCGCAGGAGAGCCGUGCACAUCUCCAUCAUGGAAGGCCUGGAGUCCCUGCGGGACAGCGCCCACUCAACCCCGGUGCGCUCGGCCUCCCACGGCGAUGCCUUCGCGGCCCCGGGGCGCGGCGGCCGCGCCGACAGCAGCGAGCGCGUGGCCGUCAUCGCGGACGAGAACUACAGCCCCGCGGACAGCGUGCUGCCCACGCCGGUGGCCGAGCACAGCCUGGAGCUCAUGCUGCUCUCGCGCCAGGCCAACGGCGCCCCGUGCUCCAUCGAGGAGGAGAAGGAGUCGGAGGCCGGCACGCCGGCGGCCGAGGCGGAAGAGGCGGGCGAGCUGCGGGCGCUGUGCCCCGGCGCCGGGGGCCUGGGCGCGGCGCAGGCCGAGCAGGUGAAUAAGUUUGUUUUAAGUGUCCUCCGUUUGCUCCUUGUGACAGUUGGACUCCUCUUUGUCUUGCUCCUCCUCCUCAUCGUCCUUACCGAGUCCGACCUUGACACUGCCUUUUUCCGCGAUAUCCGCCAGACCCCCGAGUUCGAGCAGUUCCAUUACCAAUACUUUUGUCCCCUCAGGCGAUGGUUUGCCUGCAAAGUCCGCGCCGUGGUAAGCCUGCUCAUUGACACCUGAAGGCAGGAGCCGCCACCUAAGUAGCCGGGGGCCUGGGGAGAGACCUGCGCCGUGCCCGGCACGCGCCGCGGCGCCUUCGGCACCCGCUCAUAACCCUCCCUUCCCGACCCAGAGCGCGGCGCGGCCGGAGGCAGCGUCCCGGGAGGAAGAGGAGGGUUGGGCACAGCCCCCGGAGCCUCCUUCCCCCCGCGCUCGGCCCCCGGAGCCCGCGCAGCACCUCACCGUUCCGCCCCUGCCACGGGAGCACCGAGCAAGGGACGCGCUGUGGUCCUGCUGCCGCCCAGCGCUGCAGGAGCACCGGCGAUGCCGUGCCGCAGAAGCUUUAGCAAUGGUGCUACCGAGCAGUGGCUCAAACGCUCGCGCACUCCUGCGUUACUAAAUCCACCACUGUGCGCCCCGCCGUCCCCGUGCCGCUUUGCCGCAGUCCCUCCCUGCUGCCCGGAGCCUCCUGCACAGCCGGAUGCGAUGGGGAUGCCGUGGUGCCCCGCUCCCUGCAGCACAGCAGCCUCAGCGAUCCCACCUCCUCCCCAGCCUCGCAGCACCAGUGCUCCCAGGGGCAGGGCGAGCACAACAGGCACCCUUGGCCAAGCCUGGUAGUGACCAUGUCGGAUUUAUUAGGAAGACCUUUUCCCUCCAGAAGCCGUACCUGUUUUGUACAAAAACACACAAAAAAAGAACAAAAAAAAAAAAAAAGAGACAGUUUCAAGGUCUAUUUUAACAAGGAAAUGCUAUUUUGCUAUCAAAUCUGAUCAAGUCUUUUUUUACUUGGCGGAUCGGGUGGUCGAGCGGUUCACGUUGAGCAGAGGGUUUAGGAUUUGACAGCCUAACAGCAAUUAACCUGGCGCUAGUUCUGGAUGAGAGGAAGGAGCUCUGAUUUGGUGACUUUACUGAAGAUGAAAGGACAGACCCACAGGAGUGGAGGUGACACUGAACAAGCCAAUGGACAACCAUUAGACCCAUCUUUUCUUAAGCAAAAAUCAAGAAACCCAACUCAUUGUACUUGUGACGACCACCGGGACCUCCAGUGGCCUGGGAAGCAGUGGUCUAUUCCCACAGGGAGCAAUAAAAGCCAGUUUGGUUCAGAUUUGGUUGAGAAGUUGGACACACUUAACAAAAAGAAGGAGAACACAGGUGAGCACGUUUUAUUUCAUCUCAGGGAGAGAUUUUCCGUACGCUGGGGCCAUAACUGCAGUUUUCAACAGCCUGAUUUCCGUGUUCUUGUCUCUGAGCAUCCCACCAUCCAUCCAUCACUGCUGGGGCCGCUCCUGCCCAAUCCGGGCCUGGAGAAGGAGCAUGAUGAUGAUGUUGGUUGAUCCAACACCACGGCCAGACUUGGGUCAUUUGUUACUGCAAUAAAAGAGGUCCUGAAUCUGUCGGGGGGGUGGGGGAAUAAAGACCUCAGCCGGGUUGUGUUUGGCUGCCAAGGGCACAGCACAAGGGCCGAGGAAGGGUUUGCCUCAGCCCCGCUCGGGGGCAGGUGGGAGGAUGGAGUUCGACAUGAUAAUCCUGUUUUAUGCAACAUAACAUAGCAAAAUAACUCUUAGCGUAGUGCGCCUACCUCAGCCCGUAGUUAAUGGUGUUUCUAUGCAGUGCGUGGUAGUCCCGAACCUGCCGUUUUUCACCCCGGGUUUAAGAUGCAGUGUUCCCUCCUCCUCCUCCUCCUCCCUGCUGAUGUACUGCGUGAUGUCGUGCCAGCACAGCCCCGGCCGCAGCGAGACUCCCUCCUGCCCGAGCCCAGCGCAGGCUCCGCGCCUGCCCCUGGAGCCCCGGCCUCGCUCCCUGCGGCGCCGCAGCCCUGGGGCUCCUCUGCAGGUUCCAGCCAGCCUUUUCCUGCAGAUCCACCCCCAGUGGUGGCUCCCCGUUGUCCGUUCUCCCUGUCCGCUCCAUCCUCCCUCUGGUGUUUCCGGCCCUGUUAGUUUUACCUGUCUUUCUAUUAAAAUGUUGUUUCCAUAGGUUCUUAUCUCAGAAAAUAAAGAUCUCGUCCUAGCAUACUGCAUCUUGAGGCAGUAGACAGUAAAAAUACCUGAAAAUGUGAAUUUCUUAGUUUUCAUAAAAAAAAAAAUCUAGGAAUUAACCUUUCAUGUGCCAAAUACUGUAAGUUACAUUUUUCCUUCAAAAUGUACCUUUUUCUACAUAUUCAAUAUCUUAGUUAGCAUAAAAUCAUUGGUGCCAUGAAAAGUAUUUUUAAAUUUAAAUAAAUAUUUAAAUAUCAUGAAA